AUGGACGAAGUCGCCGAGGCCCUCGUCCUCUCACCGUUCAGGGAGAUUGUGCUCAAGGCCAAGGCGGCGGCCGAAAACGCCCAGACGGCGGCCGAAAACAGCAACGAGACAAACAUCCAGGAUGGCGCCAAAGAGCUCGCGAGAGCCGCCCACAGGCUCGAGCGGGAAGGCGAGCGCGCUCUGCUUAAGAUCGAGCCGCUCUGCAAGAAGCAGCUUGAUACCUGCGGGCAGAACUUUGUGGACGCCUUGAAGGAUGACGACGACAUUGCCGCAUAUCGCACGCAGUUGAACGAUCUGUUGUGGGAAUUUGACGAUUAUGUCGAGCUCCAGGACUUCGACGAGGCCAAAUUCGCGGAGCUGCAGGCGCUUUCGCGAGGCUAUGCGCCCAAAAUUGUCGACAUCUUGAUCCGCAUGAAGCUCGAGCCGGCCGAGCCGGCAGCACCGCCCCCUCUGCUCGAAAGUGACACGAGGCCAGCUUCGUCCCGUGGCAGCCUCCUCGCCGACCACCCCGCCCGGUCAAGCAUGACCUCUCAGUCCGGGCCAGACCUCGGGCUCGAGGGCGCUGCACACCAGCUCCCGAACAGCAGUCACCCGAGGAGGGACUCGGUGCACUCAAACGUAUCGGCCGAUAUCGAUGAGCCGCCGCCCUUCCCGGAGAAGAGCCCCUGGCGCAUGAGAAUCAAGCUGGAUGAGGCGCUGAGCAAUCUCGACCCCACCGAGGAAGUCGUCCGAAGGCCCAACGUGUUGACGCUGCCGCUUCUGAGUGAUUCUUCUCCAGAGACUGCGCACCACGAAAUUAUGUACAGUCCACGGUCAUCGAGCACUUACGAGCAGAGCUCCCAACGCCGUAACAUGCCGUCCCCUGUGAGCCCACUCCAAAUAUCCCGGCGUGGGCCGGGGGCCAGGCAAAGCAGUGGCACUUGGACAGGAGCGCCCCAGGGAGCGCAUCUACAACAAUGCGGCAACACCCAACAUCCCCUCGUGAUGGUCGGGCCAGGCAGUAGUGCAGCCGCUGCACAAUCGAGGGACAGCUCCUACUCGGAUUACCCCUAUAGCUCCUUCUCCGAAUCUAGGACAGAUUCGGGCUCCGAGAUGGCCAGUCCCGUUGCUACGUCAUAUAGGACGUCAGGCAUGUCUGCCCCCGACACGAGCGCGUUCGCGAGAAUACCAGAGGAGUGGCAGGGGCAUACCGAGAGGCCUCCUCCCACCGCGAGCGCCCGCAACUCGGGUCCACGCCCGGGGCUGGAGCGCGUCGGAAGCGCCCGCGUCCACGCCCUCGACUCGGGCCUGAUACCCGUGGAGGCCGAACGGAGUGUCAAAGCCCCGGAGCCGAUCCCGCGUAGGCCGGCGGACUGCUCCAUAGGACCCAACAGCUCCCUAUACCAACUGAAGGGUUUUUGUGAAGGCGCCAAGGAGGUGCUCAAGGGCGGCGUUGGUGUGAAGCAGGUCCGCAAGCUGAACUUUGGCUCUGGCACUGUAAUGGCGGCCAAGUGCAGGGCCUGUCUGUUUGAGCUAGACUGGAAUGACGUCGAGGCCGAUAUAAACGGCGAAGAGAGCGCGAACUACGUGUCAAAGUCGACCAAGAUCGGCUUCCGGCUGCGCUUUUUGUCAAAAAGCCACCUGUCGGCGCAUACCAUCGAGGACCAAGUCUACGGCUGCUUGUUUUGCGUGCAGCAAGGGCAUACAACCGAGGAGAGCGACGCGACCGUCUUCUUCUCACAAAAGCAACUCUUUAUGCAUAUCGCCCGGCACCCGCGCCCUUUGCCAAUAGUGGCAGGACUUAACGUGAUCGAGGGCGACGCUGGCGACGUCCCGGGGAAGCCCAGCAGUAGCGCUACUGCCGACCUGCUGCUCCCGGUAUGGCGGAACGGCUUCGACUUGCACCUAACGAUGCCCCCAGCGCCGUCAAAGACAGGAAGCGACCACGUGGCCGGCUUACAGCAGCUGCUCGAGACGCUACCGGCGGCGCGGGCGGUCGAGACGAUCCGUCAGGCCAUCGGCACGGUGCGGGCGCCACCCGAUACGUCGCUGCCGCCGCUGCAGUUCGCCACAGGCGCUCGCAUAGUCGGCGUCCAGUUCCCGGCGAGGUUCGGCGGCGAGUGGGCGUCGGGGUGGAACGACAACGCCAAGGGCCUGUUCCCCGCCAGCGCGGUCCGGCUGGAGCAGCCGCCGAGCGAACAGGUCGUGAAUACGUCACAGCAGGGCGGCGCCAACAUGAGGGCCGUUGCGCGGUGGAAGUUUGCGGUCAAGGAGGGAAGGGACCAGCGGCGCGGCGGCAGCGAGUGGCUCAGGCUGGAAAAGGGCGAAACGAUCAACAAUAUCGGGUGGGCGUACCCCGGUCACUGGUGCUGGUCUGGCGUCAACUCGAAGGGCAAAUGGGGCAUCUUCCCGCAAACUCACAUCGACGCCAGCACGCUGCGAGAGGGCCCGCCGGCAGACCGGGUCAGCAUUAGCAGUCAUGAGAGGAAGAUGUCGAGCCUGCUCGCCCGCAUGUCGAUGCGUACGCGGGCCGGGAGCUCGCCUUCGGAUCCGCGGAUGCACAUUCACUAG